AUGUCCGCCCCCAUCUCCCAGGCUCUCUGGGAUGCCCGGAUCCCGCUCCACAUCACCCAUGCGUCGGCGCCUACUGCACCCUUCAUCACCAGCAUCCCGCGCUUCUCGUACCUCGCGCUGCUGCUGCCGCGCCUCUCGGCCUUUUUCGGCACACCCUGUUCCAGCUUUCACUUUGAGCACGUCCUGCUGCGGAAUCUCGCCGUCGGCCUGCUGGUGGACCUGUACCAGCCGUCGCUGCCGUGGCGCCUGGUUGUCAAUGACGGCGUGAGCUGGGACAUUUCCGACACGUUUCUCAACGCCGCCAAGGAGGCAGACUUUAUCCGCAACGGCAACGCGAACCAAAUCAUGAAAAUGUCCAAGGGCGACACCACGCAGCUCUGGCACGCCGUCAUUGACAAUGACUAUGCCGCCUUUGCCCGCAUCAACAACCGCCUGCUCAACGCCCCCACGGCCCUCAAGCACGUCCCUAUGCGCAUCUACUUGCCCCUCGCACCGGCGGCCGGCGGCGGCGGCGAAGAGCCGACUGCGGUCGAUCACGGGGACGCCUCGGCCGCCGGCGCCUUCAAGAUUAUCCAGUCUCUUGUGCAGCCACUCGCCGCGGAUCGGAGGCCGAGGCUCCUGGGCCAUGCGCUAAAGGACAUGAUGCCGAGGCUGUUUCCGAGCAGCAGAGACCCGGUCAUGGCAAAUGUUCUCUUGCACGGAGUUGCGGUGCCCUUUGAUGCCCCGCUGGCGGAUCUCAUGAGAGAAGCAGCGUAUCCAGACGGUUGGCUCAGUUUUGUGGUCGUUGUUUUAUGA